AUGAAAUCCACGGAGGGUCAAGUAAUCUCAGACAUCAAGGACAACAUGAUCGUCGCUGUGGUCAAUUCGUUGUGGAUGAUCAUGUCAGGGCACCGGUAUAAUCACGACGAUCCCAAAAUAUUGGCCUUUUCGGAACAAUUGACGGAAGUCCUUGAAUUAGCCGCGGAAGGUGGAGGAAUUGUUUUAUUUUGGCCCUGGUUGGAAAAAUUGGGAUACAAAGGCUUCACCGCGUUCCGGAAUUACACCGAUAGAAUGAAAAACCUGUUCACUCAGACGGUCCAGGAGCAUAAAGAAACAUGUGUAACAGACUUUUCAAGGGACUUCAUCGACGUUUUUAUUAAAGAGAUCAACACCUGUGAGGACCCCGGUUCCGCUUUUUUCAAAGAUGUCGGAGAACGUCAACUCGUAGCAGUUCUCAAAGAUCUUUUUGAAGCUGGGGCGGAAACAACUUCCGCGUCUUUCUCUUGGGUCUUUUUGUACAUGGCGACAUUUCCCGACGUACAGAGGAAAUUUCAGAAACAAAUUGACGACGUAGUUGGAACUUCGAGAUUUUGCAGUUUGUCUGAUAGAGCGAGGUAG